GUCUGCGGGCGUUCCGGCUCAAGACAAACUGUAACUUCACGACUCUGAAGGAGAAGCAGCUGAAAGAGAUCCAGGCUCCAACCACCAACCUGUACCUGCCGGUCCUCUACCUGCUGUUCUUCAUUGUGGGUCUCCCCUCCAACCUGCUGGCUCUGUGGGUUCUGCUCUUCAGGACCAAACCGCUGCCGUCCACCACGCUGCUCAUCAACCUCACCGCCGCCGACUGCCUGCUGCUGCUGGUGCUGCCGUUCCGCAUCGUGUACCACUUCAGAGGGAACCACUGGGAGCUGGGCGAGCCCUUCUGCCGCGUGGUCAUGGCCAUGUUUUACAGCAACAUGUACGGGUCAGCGCUGUGUCUGGCACUGGUGGCUCUGGACCGGUACAUCGCUCUGGUUCACCCGUUCGGCGCCAAGACGCUCCGCAGCCGGCGGACAUCUCUGUACAUGACGGCCGCAGUGUGGACAGCGGUCGUGGCCGCCAUGCUGCCGCUGCUGGCGACCCGGCAGACCUACGCUCUGGACGAGCUGCAGAUCACCACUUGUCACGACGUCCUGCCGGAGGAGGAGCAGGAGAACUACUUCCUGCUGUACUUCGCCACCUUGUUCGCCUUCUGCUUCCUGCUGCCCCUCCUGGUGGUGCUGUACUGCCACGGCGCUGUGCUGCGCGCCCUGCUGGCCGAGGGCACGGUGCUGGUGCUGCUGGUCUUCGUCGUGUGUCUGCUGCCUAGCAACAUCCUCCUCCUCCUCACCUACGCAGACAGCUCGCUGGACGGAGACGGCGAGGACCUCUACGCCCCCUACAUGGUUAGCUUAGCGGUUAGCACCUUCAACAGCUGCAUCGACCCCUUCAUCUUCUACUUUGUGUCGGUGGAGUUCAGGCAGAAGGCCGGGGAUGCUCUGUGUUGCCGUGGCAAUUUAGAGAACGGACGGUCUUCUCUAGGGAACAAGGUGUCGUACUCUUCAUCAUCAUCAUCAUCAUCAUCAGGCCUCGGGUCAAAGGUCACCGCGGUGGCCACCUCCACUCGGUGUGGGACGUCAGCGACCAUGUGA